AUGCUGCUCACCAACGCGCUCGUCGCCACGGCCACCUUGGCCUCCGCCGUCCCUGGCGCCACCACCCCUUCGCACAUCCACGCCCGUCAGAAUGAAACGGAGAAAGGCUCGGCGCCCCCCUUCUUCAAGCUCCAGGUCCUCGCCAUCACCACCCCUAUCCAUCUGCAGCACUUCCAGGCGGACCUGAGCAGCAUUUUCGUCGGGCUCCCCCAGCAGAACGCCACCUGCAACAACACCCCGGACCAGCCCACCGAGCAGGAGGCCACCUUCGCCCUGGGCCCCGAAGACAACGGACUCUACCUCUACGGCGCCUCGGCGACGCCCCAGGAGCUCUAUGCCGACCGCUCCGGCAUGGGCCAGGGCAAGCUCGGCUACACCACCGGCGCACAGCCUGCCCCCAUCAACGCCGAGCGCACCGGCUGGGUGGUCGACGAGGCCGGCAACCUGAGCCUCGAUGGCGCCGGCUUCAUCGCCUGCCCCAACAGCAUCGAUGGCUCAUGGAGCGUCUGGGUCAAUGCCGGCGUCGCCAACCCCGCCGGCAACACGGACUGCGUCGGCAUCUCUGCCCGCGCCGUCGCGAUCCCCACCCCCGUCGGCUGCAGCUACUCCUUCUAA